AUGGGAAUCAGCUCGACUAGGAAAACUAUUCAGCUUUUGAUUGUCAUUUUAUCAUGCAUUCUUUCAGUUUUGAUUAGGCUUUUCUCAAAUGUCAUCAAUGAGCCAAUCAUUCACGAAUUUGAUCCUCAUUUCAACUGGAGAUGCUCACAAUACAUCGACCAGCAUGGUUUUUAUGAAUUUUUAGGUUGGUACGAUAAUAUUUCAUGGUAUCCACAAGGCCGUCCUGUUGGUGAAACAUCAUAUCCUGGCCUUAUGUACACAUCAGUACUUUUCAAGCGUGUUCUUGAUUACUUCCACAUCAAGAUCCCAUUACUUUAUAUCUGUGUUCACAUGGGUCCAAUUUUUGCUACAUUAACAUGUUUACUUUCAUUUUUAUUCGGACAAUUGAUCUAUGACUCAUCACUUGGCUGUGUUUUCUCAUUCUUAGCUUCAUUCAUUACAGGCUUUAUUUCACGUUCCGUUGCCGGAUCCUACGAUUAUGAGUGCAUUGCUCUUUUCAUUAUGUUACUUGCCCUGUUCUCCUUUGUUUAUGCACUUAAGAACGCCUCCAUCUUAUUGUCCAUCUUCUCCGCCUUCUCAUUUGCUUACAUGGCCCUCACAUGGGGUGGAUAUGUUUUUGUUGCUAACGCCAUUCCACUUUUCACCGUUGGACUUAUUGCCAUUGGCCGUUAUUCAUGGCGCUUACACGUUACCUACAGCAUUUGGUCGAUCGUCAGCUUAAUUUUGAUUGUCCAGAUUCCAUUCAUUCACGAGAAGAUUCUUUCCAAGCCAGAGCACUUUGCUAUGAUUGCUACUCUUUUCGGCAUCCAAGUUUGGGGCUUCUUUACCUUUAUCCAUGACAAAUUUACCUCAAAAACAUUCACAACCAUCACUGUCCUUUUACUUUGCAUGCUUCCAUUGAGUUUCUUCGUGAUCACCAUCCUCCUUUCUACUGGUCUUGUUGGCGACUUUUCCGGCCGUCUUCUUCUUAUGUUUGAUCCAAGUUAUGCCACUAAAAACAUUCCAAUCAUUGCAUCAGUUGCCGAACACCAGCCAUCCUCGUGGUCCUCGUACUUCAUGGAAUGCGCCUUCUUCAUGUCAUUGUUCCCUGCUGGCUGUUAUUUCGUAAUUAAAGAUCAAAUUACGAUCAAAAACUUCCAAAAGACUGAAGCCUCGAUGCUUCUUCUUAUCUACGGUCUUUCCACACUCUACUUCGGUUCCAUCAUGGUCCGUCUUGUCCUUGUUUUCUCUCCUGCAUGUGUCUACAUCGGCGGCAUUGCCAUGCACUCGAUUAUCAAGAUUGCAAUGAGAAAGAGACAGAUGAUUGGCUACUUGGCUGUCACAUCACUUGGCAUGAUUUCAUUGUUCUCUUUGUAUCACUCUGUAUGGUUAGCCUGCUUCAGUUAUUCAUCAGACCACAUCCACUUCUGGGUGACUACUCCUCGCGGACAGGAAUCAUCAGAUGAUUACAGAGAAGGAUACAGAUGGUUGUGGGAGAAUACACACAGAGAUGACAAAGUAAUGAGUUGGUGGGACUAUGGCUAUCAGAUCACUUCAAUGGGUGGUCGCGGCUGUAUGGCUGAUGGUAACACGAACAACUUCACUCACAUCGGUAUCAUUGGCAUGACAAUGGGAUCUCCUGAACCUGUAUCAUGGAGAUUGGCGAGAAUGAUGAACAUGAAGUACUUGUUGGUCAUUUUCGGAGGUGCUUCUGGAUACGAUGGUGAUGAUAUCAACAAGUUCAUGUGGAUGCCAAAGAUCGCUAACCAGACAUUCCACAACAUCUCUGGUUCAAUGUUCCAGAAGAAGGAAGGAUAUCCAAUUGUUGGCCAGAUACAGACAGAUAAUAUGACUCACUCAAUGAUGUUUAAGAUGUGCUACUACAACUUCAAGGAUUAUCAGAUUCAACCUGGAUUACGUAACUACGAUAUUGCAAGAAAAACUGCUAUUGUUGAAGGUUUGGACUUCAAGUUUAAGUUGUUUGAAGAAGCUUUCUCUUCUAAGAACUGGAUUGUUAGAAUCUACAAGGUUUUGCCUGAUCCUCAAUGGAACAGGGUUUACUAA